CCGCCGCGCACCUGGCGCCGCCCCUCCCGCGCUCACCUGGGCGCGCACCUGGGCGCGGGCGCUUCCGCAGGAAGGAGGAAGCCGCCCCUCCCGCCGCCGGUCCCGGUGCCACCAUGUCGGCCUCGGCCGUGUUCAUCCUCGACGUCAAGGGCAAGCCCCUGAUCAGCCGGAACUACAAGGGUGAUGUGGCCAUGAGCGAGAUCGACCACUUCAUGCCGCUGCUCAUGCAGCGCGAGGAGGAGGGGGCGCUGGCACCGCUGCUGAGCCACGGCCGCGUGCACUUCCUGUGGAUCAAACACAGCAACCUCUACUUGGUGGCCACCACCCUGAAGAACGCCAAUGCCUCGCUGGUCUACUCCUUCCUCUACAAGACGGUGGAGGUCUUCUGCGAGUACUUCAAGGAGCUGGAGGAGGAAAGUAUCAGGGACAACUUUGUCAUCGUGUACGAGCUGUUAGACGAGCUCAUGGACUUCGGCUUCCCGCAGACGACAGACAGCAAGAUCCUGCAGGAGUACAUCACCCAGCAGGGCAACAAGCUGGAGACGGGCAAGUCCAGGGUGCCCCCCACCGUCACCAACGCCGUGUCUUGGCGCUCGGAGGGCAUCAAGUACAAGAAGAACGAGGUUUUCAUCGAUGUCAUAGAGUCCGUCAACCUGCUGGUCAAUGCCAAUGGCAGCGUGCUGCUCAGCGAGAUCGUGGGCAGCAUCAAGCUCAAGGUGUUCCUGUCGGGGAUGCCGGAACUGCGGCUGGGCCUCAACGACCGCGUGCUGUUUGAGCUCACUGGCCGCAGCAAGAACAAGUCCGUAGAGCUGGAGGACGUGAAAUUCCACCAAUGCGUGCGGCUGUCGCGCUUUGACAACGACCGCACCAUCUCCUUCAUCCCGCCAGAUGGCGACUUUGAGCUCAUGUCCUACCGGCUCAGCACGCAGGUCAAGCCACUCAUCUGGAUCGAGUCUGUCAUCGAGAAGUUCUCCCACAGCCGAGUGGAGAUCAUGGUCAAGGCUAAGGGGCAAUUUAAGAAGCAGUCUGUGGCCAACGGCGUGGAGAUUUCCAUUCCUGUCCCCAGUGAUGCUGACUCCCCACGCUUUAAGACCAGUGUGGGCAGCGCCAAGUAUGUGCCCGAGAAGAACGUGGUUAUCUGGAGUAUUAAAUCCUUCCCGGGUGGCAAAGAGUACCUGAUGCGGGCCCACUUUGGCCUCCCCAGUGUGGAGAAGGAGGAGGUGGAGGGCCGGCCCCCCAUCGGGGUCAGGUUUGAGAUCCCCUACUUCACGGUCUCCGGCAUCCAGGUGCGCUACAUGAAGAUCAUAGAGAAGAGUGGUUACCAGGCCCUGCCCUGGGUCCGCUACAUCACCCAGAGUGGAGAUUACCAACUUCGGACCAGCUAGAAGGCACAAGGAGUCGGCCGGGAACAUACAUGGGCUCCUCUCUCCCUGGGCCACAGGACGUGCGUGCGUGCAUGCGUGGUGCCCUAUUUGGGCAGCUGCCCCCAGCGGCUCCCUCCUCACCGCUGGCCCUCCUCCUGUGUGUGCUCUCCCCGUGGGCCGGGCACAUGGCCGUUGGCUCCCUCGCUCUUGGGGCUCCAGCCCCACUUUACAUGAAGAAACCCCAGAGUGCCUUCCCGCAGUGGCUGCCUUGGGGCCUGGCCCUCCGCUGUUAGGGCCGCCGAGCCAGCCUGUUUUCGGGCGUCAGUAAAACGAUGAAUCUGGA